CCUCGGAAUUAGGCAAAGGGAGAAACGCCGUCGGAUCACUCCUUGACUUGAUCCAACGGACGAGAUUAGGCGACCGAGGAAAGAGGAAGCUUCCGUCGCGUAUCACCGAAGGCGCGACGCUCCUCUGCUUGUAUAAGUACCUUUCCACUCUCUCCUUCCACUCUCAAUCCAAUAUCUAAACCCUAAUCUUCAAAGUUAUUCAAUCGUUUCUUAAUUUCGAUUUCAAAUUUUCAAUUUCCGCUUCUACGGAUCUAUGGAUUUCGUCAAUUUGGAGGAAGCUGCUGCGCUCAAGAACAUCAAGCUUCAUCUUCUCGGCGAACUCUCUCCAUUGCCGAGGAAUUUGGCUUCUGAUAAUCUUUGCGUAUCGUCAUCGGAUUGUUCGGUGAGUUCUGGAGCUUCUUCGACCGCGAACUGUCCGCUUACGAUCUCCGACUACUUCGAUUCCAACGAAAUCUUCGAAUUCUCCUCUGAUUUGAUGCCAAAUGAGCUGGAAGAUGAUUUUUUUAGUUUUGAGAUGAAACCUAAUGUGAUCGAUCUCACGACGCCGAAAUCGGCGGAAUCGAGCUCUCUUUUCAGUAAUGGAUCAUUCGAAGUUGAAUCGGAGCCUAAAGGAGUUAACCAGAUCGCUUCGGAGACAUCGAAUUCGAAUCGUAAACGAGCGAAUUUGAAGAUUUCGCUCCCGAACAAGACGCAGUGGAUCCAAUUCGACGCGCCGGAGAAGAAUCCGGCCGCGGUGAUGCAGAGGACUGCGGAUCUUGAGGCGGAGAGGAGAGUUCACUACAGAGGCGUUCGGCAGAGGCCUUGGGGAAAGUUCGCCGCCGAGAUUCGGGAUCCGAAUCGCCGUGGAUCGAGAGUCUGGCUUGGAACGUUUGAGACCGCAAUCGAGGCUGCGAGAGCGUACGAUCGCGCCGCCUUCAAGCUUCGAGGAUCCAAAGCGAUUCUCAACUUUCCGCUAGAAGCUGCGAAUUCUUACUCAGAUCAACCGGCGGCCGCGAACUCUUACUCGGAACCUGCCGCCGCCACCGGGAAGCGGCGGAGGGAAGAGGAAGUACGAGAGGAGGUUGAAGCGGUGGUGGUGAAGAAAGAGAGGACGGCGGAGGUCAACGCCGUCGCCGACGUUGCUUACCUGAGAGAUAUGCCGUUAACGCCGUCAUCUUGUUCGAUGGUUUGGGACGGUGAAACGAAGGGAGCUCUCAAUAUGCCGCCGUUAUCGCCGUUAUCUCCUCAUCCGGCGUUGGGUUUUCCUCAGCUUAUGGUUGUAUAAUAUUGGGGGAAAAUCUUUUCAUUUUUUCUUUUCCCUUUUCCGUUUUUCAUCCUCUGAAUAAAUAAGAAAUUGAGUUUGUUGAUUUGUUAAUGAUUUUUUCCAAGAAAAAUUCAAUACAA